AUGGAUGGCCUCACAUUAAUACCACCCAGGGGCUUCGACUUUGCCACACUCUUCCGAGAGGACAUCAGCAAGCUCACAGGCGAGAACUGGACUUUGCAGCGUGUGGAUCGCAUCGCCAAUGUCAACGCUAGCGGUAUUCUUCUCGGCUCGUUCACCGGCAACGCAUCUGCCAUAACCUAUCAAAACGGCAAGCCCACAUCGGAAGGCUAUGCGCUUACUGUCUCGCCUACCGCCGCAGUCAUCGGUGGCACCGGAGCCCGGGGUAUGUGGUGGGGAACAAGAACGCUCUUGCAGCUUCUCGUUGCCCAUAAUGGAAGCCUUCCUGUGGGAACGACAAUUGAUGCACCGGCAUACGAGACACGCGGUUUCAUGCUAGACGCCGGGCGCAAGUGGUAUGCACCAGGAUUCUUGAAAGAGUUGUGCAGCUACGCGUCUUUCUUCAAGCUGAGCGAGUUUCACUACCAUCUCUCCGACAACUACCCGCUCAAUCGCGGAAAGAACGAAUCAUGGCAAGACGUCUAUUCGCACUUCUCAUUGAGACCUGAGGAUGAGUCACUACUGCCUAUCUUGCAUGGUCGCGAGAAUGAGACUCUGGGCCGAGAGGACUUUGCCGAUCUGCAAAGCCAUUGCGCUGCAAGGGGUGUCACUGUCAUUCCCGAGAUUGAGGCACCUGGCCACUGCCUGUAUCUGACAAAGUGGAAGCCAGAGCUGUCUCUGGCAAAACGCGACCUACUGAACCUAUCGCACCCGGACACUAUCCCAACAGUGAAGCGUAUUUGGUCUGAGUUUCUCCCCUGGUUCGAGACUAAGGAAGUGCAUGUGGGCGCAGACGAGUACGACGCUACUCUCGCUGACGACUACAUCGGCUUUGUAAACGAGAUGUCAGAGUUCAUCAACUCCACAACCGGCAAGAAAAUCCGUAUCUGGGGAACAGAAGAGCCCUCUGAGAAUCUCACCAUCUCGAAAGAUGUUAUCAUCCAACAUUGGCAAUACGGGCAGUCGGACCCAGUGCUCCUUGCGAACACUGGAUACGAAAUCAUCAACUCAGAAGAUUGGUGGGCAUACAUGUCCAUCAAGAACGAUCACAUGCCCAUUCUUCCGGCUAGAUAUCCACAAUUCUUCAACGAGAGCCGUGUGCUCAACUUCGCCGACGAGUCGGGUUGGCAAUGGACACCGGCCGACUACAACCCGUUCAACAAGACUGAGCAAGUGCCGGACGCAUCUCCAGAUAACAAAGGCGCCAUUUUGGCAGCAUGGAAUGACAACGGGCCAGACGCAUCUACUCAGCUUGAAGCAUACUAUGCAAUGCGUCGAGGAAUUGCAGUUGUUGGUGCCCGUGUUUGGAGUGGCAGCCGCGGUCCGAAGCUUGUGGACGGCGAAGUUUCAUCCAGCAUCGAUGUCUUCUCGCCCAUUGCACCUGGGCAGAAUCUGGAUCGAAUUUUGCCCUCCACCGGAUCUAUGAGAUCUCUCGUCUCGUGGAGCCGCUCCGGACAAGGCGUUGAAGAGGCCCAGACAACACACUAUCCCUUGGAAAAGAUGGAAGCCUUGUUUUCAAUGCGGAUGGCUACCUAUACCCCCUGCGAUCUGUGA